UGCAUUGGGAUCAGCAGCGCGAUUGCUCAACACAAGACAAGACUCCUCGCCGGAAACCGGGUAGACGACCGUCUAUCUCGGCGCUGAAAGCAUGUUCUUGCAACCUACUUCGCCCACAAGGCUUGGAACGCCUACAGGAGGGCAAGUUAGGGCUUGGCCUCUUAUACGCCGCUUCUCGACUACACAUUUCAUGCAAGGGUCCAGAAACUACGGGUACCUUUCCAGACGUCUUUGCCACAUGAACCGUGUCGAAUGCUGUCAUCCACGUCUCUCAUUUCGCUAUGCUUUGCAGACAAUUGGCUCAGAUCAAGACGUCUUGGCCAAAUUAAUCCUCAUGUUCCAUGAAACCUGCUUGAUCAUCGCUGGAUCUCGCUUAAUUCGAAACCACUAUCUCUUUCCUUGGCUCCGCGUUGGUGCCCUUUACGGAAACUCCCUCAUUGCUACGCUCAUGAUGCGUCCGAGUAUCGCUCGUGAGCUGGUCCUCGAAAUGGAUAGCAGGAUGACCAAGGAGAUCGACAAGCAAACACUGCUGCUCCCCCGACCACAUUGGCAAAGCCGAUCGUCAAUGCCAUCAUCAAGAAAGUGCGUCGUCUCCGCGAAGCCGAUGGAGGCGUGCAUAUCACCACAGUGAUCGACCAAGUCCUGUCUUCCACGGCCGCUGAUUGCACCGGGCCCCUAUGAUGAACGAUGACGACAGCAACGAGGGUUAUGGGACUCGCAUUGAGUCUGUUGCUAUCCUUACACCUACAACAGCAACAUUCACACUAUGGCCAGCUGCAAUGCCUCCGCCUCGCGAGAGCGGAGUUCAAAAAUCAUUUUCUGGUGCACGGUGGCAGCGUGCUGAUGGCACCUGGAGGGAUAGCGAAUCUCUUCAGAUCAUU